AUGCAUCGGAAUCAAGUGUUUUCUCAAACCUUGGAUGUUCGAAACCUCCGGACCAAGUCGGUUACUGUAUAUGGCGAUCGUGCUGAAGUAAAAAAAGUCGUAAACUGUGAUCUUGAAAAGGGUUUAAACGAAAUUAUACUCAAAAAUAUCUCAUCGGUUGUUGAGCGACAGUCACUACGAGUGGAUGCUAAUGGGACAGUUGCAAUUCAACAAGUUCAAUACCAAGAAACACCCCUUGAUAGGAAUUCAUCAGAAAGCAAAAAAAUUCGGGAAAUUGAACAACAAAAGAAUGAGGAAGAUUUGAAAAGAAUGUCACUGGAAGAUGAAAUCAACGUUCUGAAAAAACGUGUUGAAGUCUUAGAUGGAGUAGCUGGACAAAUAAGCCGCAAUAUGGUUGGAACUUCCGAAGUAGCGGACUCAGAGAAAAAAUUAAACGGUACUACAGCAACGACGACACCGAUCUACAGCAAAUUAAUUGAUGCAUUAAGACUUUAUAAGUUGUGUUAUUUAGGCAACACGGUAAGUGAUAUUAAAUCCGAGAUAAGGCAGAAGACUAAACAACUGGAUGAGCUAUUUCAAACAAUUGAUUCACUUGAACGAGAAAUUGAUAAGAUGCGAUGCAGUUUUGAAUAUGACUGUGUAGAAAGAAAUGUAUGUGUUACCAUAAAUGCGGAAGAAAAAGAAUCUGUAGAAUUGUAUGUUACCUACCAGGUUUACUGCGCCAGCUGGAGACCAACAUACGACAUCCGUGUUAUAAUGGGGGGCGAAGAGGACAAAAUAGAUUCUUUAAAGCUUUGUUAUUACGGGAUAAUCGAACAGAAUACGGGUGAGGAUUGGAAAUGCGCAGAAAUCGUUUUAAGCACAGCCACGCCAAGCGUCGGAGGUGCUGUACCACCUUUGUGUACACUAGCUGCUGGUUUCCAGAAGCAGUUUAAAGAAAGCCGAAAACGUAAUGCAUCUUCACUUCGAAAACCGAAUAGCGCAACCAGUGAUGAGGAUAUGGGUUUUGGAUCCUUUGAUUACAACGAUAUUACAGAUGCCAUAGCACUGCAGAAAUUAACUGCAGCUGCUGCAGCUCUUCCUGCUUCAGAUAUUGAUUUAUCUACAGUUAAUAAUACUGAACAACUACCGUGCAGUUAUUUUUCAAUUUCCGAACCGACAACCGUUUGCAGUGAUGGCUGUGAACAUAAAGUUUUAGUCUCAGAAGUUGAUGUAGAACCAAGAUUUCUACAUGAAACUGUUCCUGCUCAUGCCCAAGCUGCGUAUGUUACCGCAAUAGCAACAAACACUUCAGAACUAACAUUUCUUCCAGGGCCAGCUUCUGUGUACCUAAAUACCAGCUUUAUUGCUAAAACUCAACUUGGUGCAGUUUUACCAGGAGGAGAAUUCUCUUGCAACUUGGGUAUUGAUCCGUCUGUUAAAGUUGAGUAUAAACCAUCGAAGCGGGUAAAAGAACAGAUUGGUUUUGUUUCAAAGAGUGCACUCCAAACAAAAAUUCAACCAAUUGUCAUUCGGAACACAAAAGCAAACAGAUCUUUACAAAUAACAAUUCGGGAACACGUACCAAAAUCAACCGAUGACAGAAUUAAGGUCACUUUGUUGUCACCAGAUUUGCGCGCUUUAAAAACUGCAAAACUAAACAAAGAACAUAACUUAGAGUGGACACUGAUACUAGCGCCAAGCGAACAUCGUGAAUUAGCUGUUAAAUGGUGCAUCGAAUAUCCAGUUAACGAAACCAUUACAUAUAAACAGGUGAUGCAAACUGCUGCAUAA